AGUAGGCGCACCUCGCAAAUGGAGGGCGCGCUUACUCCCCGCAAAUGGGCAAUAGAAAACCGAUGCCUAUGCAAUCCCCAAAAUGCUCUAUAACUCUUGUAAUGGCUACAGAUCCUAAAGUGUGAAACUAAGUUAUUUACUUAAAUGUAUUCAUCUGAAAAAUACUGACAGGAUGUGUUCAGAUUUGCCUCACCGGUUCAACUGAAGGACUAAAAGGUUCCGCAGAGGUUUCAUGCACCAGAAAACUUAAAAGGACAGGGCCAGAGCAAACUAUGAUAACAAAAUAAGGAUUUUCUGCGACAACGAGGUUCUCAGGUAGGAAGUAUUCACUUUUUUUGAUUAAGUCAGGAAAAGUUCAAAAUGACUAUCAUCAAGAUCAAGAACAAGAACUUUAUUAACAUAAAUACUGUGAAACAGUGGUUACGCCGAGCAAGCAUGUCAUGAUUUGCACCACUUUGGAGUAUAACUAAUUUACAUUACACAUUGUUUUUACCUUACAGAAUGUUUCAUUUCUUAAUUUUUUUAAAAAUGCGUUUAACUUUCAAGUAAUGCAAAUUCCUGUUAUCUUACUGUACAUGUUGCCUAAAUCUAUUUUUAAUGUUUUUAAACUAUUUUUAAAAAUUAAAGUUUUAUGUUGGCUCUUGUUCUAAACUCCAGAUUUUUACAUUUUCCCAAGUUUAAGAUGUUAAACUGAAAGUCAUACUAAAAGAAAAAACACAUAACAUGGAAGAAAAAAAAAUGUGGAUUAAAAUGAAUCCACUGAGUUUUACGAUGUUAAACGACAGAGAUUUCCAAACAUAUAGUGUUGCUUGGCAUUUGAGUCCAACAUCUGAUUAUUUUGUUCUAAAGUUCCAAAAAGAAGUAGCGUUUCACAUGAAAAAAAAAAAAGUGUGUCUGUGUAUGUUUUCCUUACUCACAUCAUCUCUUGGUUCCAGGUGCAGUAAUGGAUGGACUGAUUUGCAUACCUUCAUGAAAGGAACAAACAUUAAUCAUUUUUAUUUUGUUGUUUCACAGGUGUCUGACAGACAUUUUUAGCAGCUCUCACAAGCUUUACUAUUAUUGUAUUUGAGAUUUUCUACUUACUAUAAAUAAUGCGAUAUUUAAAACGAGGCUGCUGGCUACAAUUAUUCAAGUUCAGUGCUGUACUGGGAUCACUAUGGAUACUUUUCCUACUUAGUCAACUAAAAACAGGCAAAAGUCCUGCCUACAUCCUCAAGUAUCAAUGGCUAGUUUAUACCGAUGAAGAUGAGAGCCCAGAGAAAGUUUGCAACUGCUCAGCAAUCCUGCAGGGAGAGAAGGAGGCAUUGCUGCAAGCCAAAUUACUGACCAUCACCAAAGACUUCCAGAAGGUUAUUCAGAUCCCUGAUGAGUAUUAUAUUAAUGCAACCCAAGACUGCAGGAAAUUCCAAAAAAGUAGGAAAUACAUAACAUUCCCGUUAAACAAGGAAGAAGAGGACUUUCCUCUGGCUUACUCUAUGGUUGUCCAUCACAAGCCAAUAGGAAAAACAAAGGAUCCAGCUCCCUUCAAUCUGCCCAUACUAUCAGGAAAUGCCUAUAUUGUGGUCAACCGAGGUUACGUUCGCAGUGUGUUCGCAGACAAGCGAAUACAGGCCCUCAUUGAGUGGGCCAAAGACACCUACAGUCCUGAUGAGUUUCUGUGGGCAACAAUACAACGAAUACCUGGUGUUCCCGGCUCAACAUGGCCCAACCGUAAAUUCGACAUGACAGACAUGAAUGCAAUUGCCCGGAUGGUCAAGUGGCAGUGGCACGAGGGGUCGGAGGGUUCCCUGCAAGCAGUAUACCCAGAAUGUAAAGGCCACCAUGUCAAAUCAGUAUGUGUGUAUGGUGCUGGAGACCUGCAGUGGUUGAUUGAACAGCAUCACCUUUUUGCGAAUAAGUUUGAUGCAGACAGAGAUCCCAUUGCUAUCUACUGCUUGGAGAAAUAUCUGAGACACAAGGCACUGACUGAUUUAGUUUAGGUGGAGUCAUCAUCUAUUACUAAAGAUAAUUCCAAUAGACACUUAACUAUAAACACAUUCUUUCAAUGUUUAUUUUAAAUUAAAUUGCUAUCAUCAUAAUUAAUAAUAUUAAUAAUAUUAAAAUGAUUUAGGUUUUGGCUGUAAUUAUGUAGAGGACAAAAUACACAGGGAACUUGCAGGGAAGUUGAUUGCAGUCUAUGUAGAAAGAAAAAUCUGGGUAAAUGAUCUAAUUUCCAGAAGAACUUCAACUCUAAACCUAAAGCCAAACCUACAUCAGUAUAUCAAUAUGACCAAAAAUACUCUGAACUAUGUGCCCCUGUAGCUUGCAUAGAUAUAAACAUAAAAUAUAUGCAGUUUUGAGGCGUUCUCUUAAAUUAAAUUAAAUUUUAUUUACAUGGCCCUUAAAUCACCACAACAGUUACCAAUAUUAGAGACACAACUCCAACAACUAGGCGACCCCCUAUUAGCAAGCACUUGGCAGCACUGGGAAGGAAAAAUAGCAGGAAGAAAUAGAAACAGGCUCAGGGAGUGUCUGUCUGCACUUCCUCCCAUUGUACAAAAAUAAAGCCAAAAUCUCUUCUUUGUGGGAGCUGCUAUGUUGCACUUUUGGAACCAGAGCCUGCGCAAGAGUAACUUGAGGGGGAGUGGCUGUGUCACGCUCAUUCCCUGGACAUCAUUGGUGUGUCACAGUAAUUUCAAACUAAAAACAUGAAACUUCUGCUACAGUUCAACUCUGCUACUUUAUUCUCACAGGGACAGAAAGUGUGACAGCCUUGUAAAAACUUGAUAUAAAGACUUACUGGGGUGCUAAAUGAGAUGAGAAACCUUGCUGUAAAAAACUAUUUCAAAACCAGGUUGGCUGUUCUGUUUUACGUCUGUGUGGGCAAAGUUUUUUGUGUAUGUGAACAGCAGACAGGAUUUAAUACAUGUUGAAGCAGUAAUGGAAAUAACAUGCUGAAUUCAUGUUUUCUACUAUUUUAGGACUACACGUAUAAAGAUAAAUACUUGAUGUAUGCUGUCUGUUGUUUACCUACUGUGUCAUAAUUUGAUUUGGAAAUACUUCAAUAAAUGUUUUUAACCUAGA